UACGGUUCUGAGACUACUUAUCAUCCAGACCUAGACAAAAAUUGCACCAUGGCUGAGAAGGUUUUUCAAAAAUUGUUGACACCACUAACAAAAGGCCACCAUAUUUUUGCAGAUAGGUUUUACACCUCUGUACCUCUGCUUGAGUUUCUCAGCCGUCAGAGUCAUUAUUAUACUGGCACGGUCGACAUAAGACGGAAAAAUUUCCCUCCUGCACUCAAGUCUCUUGUCUUGAGCCAUAUGGAGAUGAAGUGGUACAUGCAUGAAAACAAGUACCUUACAGUGGCAUUUAGGGAUAAAAAGGCUAAAAGGUUUGUGUCAGUUGUGACCAGUCAAGGAAGUGUUAGCAAAACACUAAUCGAAACCAAACGUGGUGACGUCGAAAAACCAACAGCCAUAAAUUUAUAUAAUCAAAAUAUGAAUGGUUGUGAUAGAGCAGAUCAGCUAGUUGGCUACUAUGGCUGCCACAAAAGAAAAAGCCACGAGUGGUGGAAAAAAAUAUUCCACUGGCUGUUGGAAAUCUGCCAUGUCAACGCUGCGAUUUUAUUUCGUGAGUCUCACCCAGAGCAAGCGAAGAUCAGUCUAGCUCAGUUCAAGUCCAACUUGAUUGUUCAACUUAUAGCUGAAGCUGGUAGAUCACUUGUUGAGAAACCUGUGGAUAUUGCCCUAGCCCAGCAACCACAGCCAAGUGUGAAUUUGGUUACUGACAAUCCAACCAUUCGGCUAGCCGCUAAAAUACAUAUCCCUAUGUCGGCUAAAAAAGACCGUAAUUGUCAGGUCUGUAGUAAACCAGGUGCUCGCAAAAGAACCAGCAAUGUAUGUGCAGAUUGUCCUGGUCAACCAUUUUUAUGUAAGGAGCCCUGCUUUAGAAUUUGGCAUACUAAGAGUAACUAUAAAUCUUAG